CCCCCUGCUGUCAUCUUAAAGUUACACUGUAGCACGGCACGGCACGGCUCGGCACGGCUCUCUUAUCUCUGACUUGGUGGCAAACACAGCAUGUUGUAAACAGGGCGGACUUGCCAGAAAGCCACCUGACUCUCCGUUGUCUCCGGAUACUAAAAGCACGCACACAGAGCGCGCCUCAUCCUCAGUGCGUGACACCGGCUGUGCGUAAAGUCAGCUGCGAUCGGCGCUCGAUUGGUUUCGUCUGAAGGAAACCAUGGCAGAGGAUAAUGUUUCAAUUCCUGAGUUCAGCUGCCUGCUCAGAAUGGAUCCCUAUCUAAAACCCUACGAGAAGGACUUCGAGAGGAGGUAUGAGCUGCUACAGAAAAAGCUUCUCCAGCUGGAGGAGGCAGAAGGAGGUUUUGACCAGUUCACACGAAGCUACAAGACCUUCGGUGUGCAGCGACAGCCUGACAACAGCCUGUUUUUUAAAGAGUGGGCUCCGGCUGCAGAGGCCCUCUUCCUCACCGGUGACUUCAACGGCUGGGACAAAUUCUCCCACCCUUACACCAAGAAAGAUUUUGGCAAGUGGGAGCUGAUUCUACCGCCUAAGCAUGACAAGUCACCAGCUGUGGAUCAUAACACCAAACUCAAGGUGGUAGUUCACACCAAGGAGGGUGAGCGCCUGUACCGGAUAUCGCCCUGGGCAAAAUAUGUGACUAGGGAGGAGAAAUCUGUCAUCUACGACUGGGUUCACUGGGAUCCCCCUCAGCCUUACACUCAAAUCCAUCCUCGGCCAAAGAAGCCCAAGAGCUUGAGAACAUAUGAGGCCCACGUGGGCAUCGCUUCACCUGAGGGAAAGAUCGCCUCAUAUGCCAACUUCACAACCAACAUGCUGCCUCGUAUAAAAGACCUGGGUUACAAUUGUAUUCAGCUGAUGGCGAUCAUGGAGCAUGCCUACUACGCAAGCUUUGGAUAUCAGAUUACAAGUUUCUUUGCUGCUUCCAGUCGGUAUGGUACCCCGGAAGAGCUGAAGCAGCUGAUAGAUGUGGCUCAUUCGAUGGGCAUUGUGGUGCUGCUGGAUGUCGUUCACAGCCACGCCUCCAAGAACACAGAGGAUGGACUGAACAAGUUUGAUGGCUCCGACUCGUGCUUCUUCCACUCUCCACCCAGAGGGGAGCACAGCAUGUGGGACAGUCGCCUCUUCAACUACUCCAGCUGGGAAGUGUUGCGGUUCCUUCUGUCAAACCUGCGCUGGUGGAUGGAGGAGUACGGCUUUGACGGCUUCAGAUUUGAUGGCGUUACCUCUAUGCUGUACCACCACCAUGGCAUCGGCUUCGGCUUCUCGGGAGACUACAGUGAGUACUUUGGCCUACAAGUGGACGAGGACUCUUUGGUUUACCUGAUGCUUGCCAAUCACGUCGUUCAUACCCUUUAUCCAGACUGCAUCACUAUCGGGGAGGAUGUGUCAGGGAUGCCUGCUCUCUGCAGAGCUGUGGAGGAGGGAGGACUUGGUUUUGAUUACCGACUGGCUAUGGCCAUUCCUGACAAGUGGAUUCAGAUCCUGAAGGAGUUAAAGGAUGAGGACUGGAACAUAGGCGAUAUUGUCCACACACUGACCAACAGGCGCUACGGAGAGAAAUGCAUAGCCUAUGCAGAAAGUCAUGACCAGGCUCUGGUUGGGGAUAAAAGUCUCGCCUUCUGGUUGAUGGACAAGGAGAUGUACACCAACAUGAGCUCCCUGGAACCCAUGACGGCAAUCAUCGACCGUGGCAUUCAGCUGCAUAAGAUGAUCCGCCUCCUCACUCAUGGUCUGGGUGGAGAAGGAUACCUCAACUUCAUAGGGAAUGAGUUUGGCCAUCCUGAGUGGCUGGAUUUCCCUAGAGUGGGGAACAAUCAGAGUUACCACUAUGCCCGGAGGCAGUUUAACCUAGUGGAUAUGGAUCACCUCCGCUACGGUCAGCUCUACGCCUUUGACCGGGACAUGAACCGCACUGAAGACAAGUACGGCUGGCUGGCUGCCUCACCUGCCUUUAUCAGCGCCAAGCAUGAAGAGGACAAGGUCAUUGUGUUUGACAGGGCAAAUGUGGUCUUUAUCUUCAACUUCCACCCCAGUAAGAGCUUCCAGGACUACAGGGUGGCUGUAGAAGUUCCAGGAAAAUACAAAAUCAAGCUGGAUUCAGAUGAGAUUCUGUAUGGAGGUCACGGACGGCUGGACCACAACACAGAGUUCUUCACAGAGGGCCAGUCUUUCAACGGACGCUCCAACUCCAUGCGGGUCUACAUCCCCUGCAGAACAGCUAUUGUCCUGGCCAACGAGGAGAUAGAUUACUGUUAUUAGAGGAUGAUUGUCUCCACAGAGACCAGGAUCGAGAAUGGAUUCCAACCUCAAACUGAGUGUUAACAAUCACCUUCAUCUUAAAGUGUCAACCUUGCACACCAUCCAAACCCACUUUUUGUGUUCAAGUCUUUUUUUUCUAAAUGGAGGGGGGGGGGGGGGGGGGGGGGAGCAUUGUGAGCCUGUGUGCUCUCAAACACCAUCUGCAACCUUAGAUGCUGUGUAACCCCAUUUACUGCAGAUUGCUCCAUUUGGGAAGCGUCCAACCUAACCAGCAGCUAGAUGCUAAAACUUAAAACCCUGCCGAGUCCAUCCAACACUAGCCAGCAGCCAUUUAUAGGCUCUGUUGAAUUUGGCCUGUCAUCUGAAACACAUGACCGGAGACUGUGACAGAGGGAAGCAAUACUGCAAGCAUUCAAACAUGAUAACAGCCCAAAGAUUAUUUUAGAUAUUAUGUUUGUUAAGACAUAUUUCACUUGAUCAUUUUGUAUUUAAAUAGAAAUAAUAUUUUAGUGUCAGGGACACAAAGCGAUUUACAGUAUUACCAGCACUUAUUAAUCAAAAACGUCCAGGUAUUCAAACACUGGAUAUCAGUCUUUGUUCAUUUGCAUUGUGGGACACUGUAUGUACACAAAUAUUGUAAUUUGCACAAACGAAUGCUGCUUUGAAUUAUCCUACUGUUAAUGGGUAUCUAAAACAUUUGUGUUGUAAUGUUUGAAUUUAUGCAGCUACUGGGAGCACUUAUGUGGUUAUUUAUGGCCCAGUUGUUAUUAAGCCAGUAAUUUGCAGCUAAAGCAAAGUGAUAAAAUCACCUAAUUUGGAUUGCUAACAGUGUGUUGCAUAAUGUAACAUAUUUAGCUGAAUUACACAGUUUUUUUUUCUGCUUUGCAGAAAGUAAUGCAUAGACUUGUCCUAUAGUAUAUCACGUUAAAGUAGCUCAUGCGGUAAAUCUCACUAAACUCUUUCCCGCUCAAUUCUAAAAUAAGUUGACACUGACGAUCAACACAUCAUUUUGUGCAGGAGAAGACAUUUUAACGGGUGCGGUAUGACUCAUACACACCUAACUACUUUAAGAUAGUAUGAUUUAUGUGCACCAUGUUCAUUAGGUUCUGUUGCAUUCCCCUGGGAUUAUUACAGACGUUCCAGAAAAACACAGAAACAACCUGAAUUCAUAACACGCCUCUUCCAAUUAGCUCUGACUUUUGUGACUCUUGUCUCAACACACUUGAUGAUUGAACAUCUCAAAACAACAUCUGCAAUGCUCAUCCUGUCCUCCCCAUAGCUGUUAUGUGAGAAAGUUAUUGAUUAACUAUAUGUGUACGAACCGAGAAAACAUCACUGAUGAUCGGUGACUGCUUUUGUGACUGCUGAACUUACUCAUUCUGGCAACAUGUCAUUAAAAAUGGUCUUCCACACAAGAGGUUUCAUCUUUUGAGGGUAUAUUUAGAAAAUGACACAUUUUUACCAAAGCAAUACUGUUGUAAGUAAAAACAAGAGCUGAAUUUGGGCAUUUCAGAUAAAAGCUAAUGCCUUGAUUUACUGCCAUGGACACUGUAAUUCUGUGAUCCACACCUACUGCAUUAGUACAAAUUCUCUGCAUUUAAGCGGUGUAUUGUGGCAUAUGGCAGGUUUUGAUCUGCCUCCCCUGCAGCUGAAGUAAACAAAUUUAUAUUCAGGACCAUCUUUCCUGUGUUUAGCUAAACUAUUAUGAUCGUGUCAUUUAUUUUUGUAGAACACUGAAGAAUUAAAGGGAGCUCCACCUCUGGAAAAAGCACAGAGAGCAUCACUCUGCAUACAUUCAACGCAACUAGGUUUUGAGACUGAAGUGGGGUGUUUAAUCAUCCCUCAUGUGACCCAAAGUCAUUGUCAUUUUACCACUGCCAAAAUGAAUUGUCUGCAUGUGUUCUCAAAAGUAAAAUUGAUGUCUGAUACACAGUAA